AUCCGGGCACUACAGAUAGUGAGAUUGUGUAUAAAUACGCCGACAGCGCGUGAUAAGGCAGAUCAUUCCUCGGAUCACUGACGGAACAUACAUCGUAAACAUGCAGAACGGAAGUCAAAACGGCGCACAAAAUGGCUGCCCUAUAAUCAAAACUGGCGAAGAGUUCAACCCCUACAGGAACUGGAGACGCCCAGACCUGCCCAGUCGGUGCACAUACGGCAGAUCGAAGGACAGCCCCCACUCCAAUAAGUCAUGUCCCAAACCUGUUCGGCCGAAGAUUCUCAAUAGCGUGUUGGAGAACAUUGCCGGCACCCCCAUGAUCAGAAUCAACAACAUCGGCAAGAGCGAGGGACUUAAAUGUGAAAUACUUGCCAAGUGUGAGUUUUUUCAGCCUGGCGGAAGUCUGAAGGACAGGAUCGCACUGCGCAUGAUCGAAGAUGCUGAGGAGAGGGGAUUGAUUAAACCAGGGGCGACAAUCAUUGAACCAUCGUCCGGAAACACGGGUAUCGGCGUUGCCAUGGUGUGCGCUGUCAAAGGUUACCGGUGUAUCAUUGUCAUGCCUCAGCGCAUGAGUCUGGAGAAGGUAGCGACGAUGAAAGCCCUGGGCGCCGAAAUCUACCGGACUGCUAACGGCAUACCGUUUGACCAACCAGAGUCCCACGUGGGCGUGGCCAGACGGCUCAUGGAGGAAAUCCCUAACUCAUUCCUCCUUGACCAGUAUCGCAACGCCAGCAACCCACUGGCUCACUACGACGGGACGGCCGAAGAGAUCUUAGAUGCAUGUGAUAAUAAGCUGGACAUGGUGGUCAUUGGGACCGGCACGGGAGGCACUCUCACGGGCGUGGCCAGGAAGAUUAAAGAGCGUUGCCCAAACUGUAAGAUAGUAGCGGUGGAUCCCGAGGGUUCGUUGAUAGCUGAACCAGCUGAGUUGAACCAGAAGGGAAAGAAGUUUGAGGUUGAAGGGAUCGGGAAGGAUUUCGUCCCAACAGCAUGUGACAGACAGUUUGUAGAUAAGUGGUACAAGGCGGCAGACAAGGAGUCAUUCCAGAUGGCUCGUAGGAUCGUCAGAGAAGAAGGACUUCUUGUAGGCGGGAGCAGUGGCACAGCUCUACACUACGGCAUCCAAGCAAUGAAGGACUUCGGUUUGAAGGAAGGGCAGAGAUGUGUCGUCAUCUUCGUCGACUCCAUCAGGAACUACAUGACGCGCUUUCUCAAUGAUGAUUGGAUGGCGGAGAGGGGCUACCUGGAGGAUGAAGAGGAAGAACCCAGCAAGUAGACAGGCAAUGGAAGAUUAGAUCGGCUUUUAUCAGUACUAUUGUGACGUCAAUUGCAAGAGAUACACACAUGACGUCAUCCGACGUCUCUACGGGGAAAUGACGUCACAAAAGACUGGUGGAAGCCAACCCGGUGUAUAUAAUGUAUAGGUGACAUCAUUUCCCACACAAGUGCGUGCUCAUGUUGUUCAAAGUUCAACUCCAUACAUGUUAAUAUUACAACAAGCUCCACGUCCCACUAAAUCGCAUGUAUUGGCACCACCUAGCGGCAAUGCCAUGAAACACUGCACGCCACGUGACAGUAACAAAAUGGCCACCACUGUCAGACAUGCAAAUAACAUAGGCUCUGUGUAUAUUGAGAGGUUUCUUUUUAUUGUCAGUAUUUCAAUAGAAACUCAAGUAUUUAGAAGGAAUGUUUAUAACUGAUGGUGUUGUAUUGCCCAGUGAUUGUUUCGAGCAUUAAUACAGCAAUGUCGAUUUAUUAACAGUCCAGAGCAAAGGUUACAUAGAGUAGGGUAGUAUAGCUUGUUUGUUGAGUCCAAUACAUAGAUAUCUGAAGCACAAAAAUAUGACCUGUGGAAAUGCAUGUUUUGAAUUUUGAAUGUGUACAUUUUGUAGAAAAUUUGUGAGUCAAAUCAGUCUGAAAAUAAAAUAUUUAAUUCA